UCAAACGUUUCAUUAAUUUGGACUACAAAAUUCUAUAGACCUCUGAAAAUGGGUGAUGAAUAACAGGUGAAUCUUAUGUACUAUUAUUUAUCUACUAUAAAUUUAAUUUCAGAGAAAAGUUCGUCGAAAUGUUGUUAAUAUUAAGUGGAAUCUUGUCUCUAAUUGCGACAUUUGUUAAUUCUUCUUCAUUGAAUAUUAGAGAUCCUGAUAAUCAUUGUGUUAUCAGAAAUGCUCUUUGUGAUCCAAAUGUUAUGCGUCCAUGCUGUGAUCAAAGAGAUAUUUGCAAACAAAUUGGACCAAACGCGUUUAAAUGCAUCGAAAACGUGGGAUUAGGAAAAAUUUGUAGAGGGGACGAAGAUUGUAAUGAAAUAUGGCAUUCAAAAUGUUCAAAAGAAAAAACGUGUGUAUGCAGGACCAAUAAUAUUAAAGUAAAUGAAACAACCUGCGCACCAGUACUAGGUGGAUUUUGUUGGAAAAAUGAAUUAUGUGCGACUGAUAACGCUGUUUGUAUUGACAGCGAAUGUCAAUGCUACGGCAAUAUUUAUCGAAGAUUCAAUGACCAAUGUAUAUUUAAUACUUUAGGUGCACCCUGUGAUAGCGAUGAAAGUUGUAAACAAGUUAGGUUCGCAAAAUGUUCGGAGCACAAAGUCUGUAGCUGUUCAUCGAAUACUUUUGCUGUAGAUCAACAGUAUUGUGCAUCAUUUAUUGGUGGGUUUUGUUGGAUAACAAAUGAUUGUCUACCUCCAAAUUCUACUUGUGUUAACAACAUCUGUCAAUGUAUGGAUUCCUACGUUUCUCGAUCUAAUAAUCAAUGCUUACCGGUCCGUUUGGGCGUGUCCUGUUCAAGUGAUAUAGAAUGCAGUCAAUGGAUACCACAUUCAGUUUGCACUGGGAAUCGAUGCACUUGUGAUAAAAAUUAUUCAGAAAAAGAUGAGGAAACUUGUGCAUCCCUCAUUAAUAUUCUCUGUUCAAGUACUUUACCGUGUACAUUAGAUAAUUCUAUGUGUGUGAAUAAUAUGUGCCAAUGUAAACCGAGGUUUGUGUAUCACUCUUCUAAAUGUAUUCCUCUUUAUCUUAAUGGAACUUGCAAAAAUAACAAUCACUGCGAUCAGAUCCUAAAUGCAAGAUGUUCAGCUGACAAUGUAUGUGUUUGUGAUGAGCAUCAUAUUGAAUUCAACGAAAGAGUCUGUAUGCCGAUGCUGCCACAACAUUGUCUUGAAGAUAGAGACUGUAUGGCUGUUAAUUCAAUUUGCAUUAUGAAUAAAUGUCAAUGCAAACCAAAUUUUGUGAGGCGAUCGAGAAAUUUAUGCACAUUAUCUCAAUUAGGCAUGGACUGUGAAAAUAAUAAUGGUUGUAUUGAUAUCUUAAAUAGUAAAUGCUCAGUGAGCAAAAAAUGUGAAUGCAUUUCAAACUAUGUAGAAUAUAAUAUUACAGCAUGUAUGCCAUUACUAGGCAGUUAUUGUUCAGAGAAUCAACCAUGCGCUACUCUUAAUUCUAUUUGUUCAAAUAAUAUAUGUGUGUGUGGCGAUGGUCUUGUAGAAUAUUCCAAUAAUAAAUGUACAUCACAUUUUAUCGGAAAGUACUGCAUGAUAGAUAAAGAUUGCAAAGAAAUACUGGGUUCGAAAUGCGUGAACAAUGGCUGUGCUUGUAAAGACAACUAUGCCUUAUUGAAUAUAACGGCUUGUGCACCAUUGUUAGGUGAAUUUUGUGAAAACAACCAACAAUGCGCGCCCGCUAAUUCAAUAUGCAAUAAUGAUAUAUGUCAAUGUGAUUUUGAUUACUUACGUCGGUUUAAUAAUAAAUGCAUACCAAAAACAGGACAUUUUAAGAUAUCAUGUUAUGAAGAUGAUGAUUGUCUAGGAAUUAAAUAUGCAAUCUGUUCCACAUAUCAAAAAUGUGUUUGUCAAUCAAACUAUGUUGCUCUCGGUGAUGAUAAAUGUGUAGCACUUAUUGGUGAAUAUUGUGAAUCAGACGAAGAAUGUAUUUCAUACAAUACUGUUUGUAUCAAUAAUAAAUGCCAAUGUCCAAAUAAACUUAUCAUCAGAACGAAAUAUCAAUGCGACCGUAUUUCACUUGGUAGCAGGUGUCACAUGGAUGAUGAUUGUGACGUAGAAAUAAAAAAUUCCGUAUGUUCAAAGAAAAAUAUUUGUGUUUGUCGAAAAAAAUACUAUGCAUUAAACGAGUUCAAAUGUGUUCCCUUUUUAGAUGAGUAUUGUUUGAACAAUAAUGAAUGUCGAUUCAAUUCUUCUAUCUGUAUUGAAAAUAAAUGUCAAUGCAAAGAUAAUUUUCAAUCUGUAUCAGUAAGUCAGUGCAAACCAAUUGAUUACAUGUAUACAUGCAUUGGAGAUUUAGAUUGUGGUGAUCCAUGGCAUAUUAAAUGUUUUCCAGACAAGAAAUGUCGUUGCAAUUCAAAUAAUAUUUCAAUUAAUCGUUCAACAUGUUUGCCACUUUUAAAAGGAUAUUGCUGGAGAGAUAGCCAAUGCUUCGUUCGCAAUUCAGCUUGUAUUAAUUAUCAGUGUAAAUGCAAACAAAAUUUCGUGCCUGUAUCCGGGAAUCUAUGCUUACCAGUGUGAAUUCGGUCUUUAUCAGCGAGCUUAUUUUUAUCACCAUUUUGGCUUUUCU